AUGAACCAAGAGAACGCACUGCCGACACCCAACUCGUUUGCCUCGAAUGGUUUUGCAGCACCCACCGCAUCCAACCCCGCUCACCAACAGGCAUUCCCACUUGAUCCGCUCGAAGUGAUGAAGCGCGCUCCCUCCCGGUCCUUCGUCGCACACGCCAGCCUCGGCCACCUUUCCUCCCUCCCCAACCCUCAGCAGAUGCCCGAAGCCGGCGCUAAAAAGGCCCGCUUUGUCUCCGAAGGCAACAUUCCCAGCCUCGCUCAGCAGAACUUUGCCAACCCGUCUCUUGGUGGCUUCCCAGCUGCCUCACAUCAUGCUCACGGCGCCUUUCUUGGCAACGCUGCCUCACCACAAGUUCAAGGUCAGCCAUUUGCAGGCCUCAGUGGACUCGAACCGCCAGGCAACGGCACUGACGGCACCCGCUCCUUCUCUGGCAACCUUGGCCAUGCCGGUUUGCUUGGUCAAAACGGCCUCAACUUUGACGCUGCUGGCUCAGCGCCCUUCCUCAUCACCAACGGUGCCGGCCUGAACCCUGCCACCGCCAUGUUCCCCAACUUCGCCAAUAUAUCUGGCUUUCUACCUAACCUCGGUGUGCUGAACGCCAUGCAUCGUCAGGUCAACCCUCUCAACCGCACCGUCUACGUCGGCAAUCUCCCUGCAGACGCUUCCGUCGACGAAUUGCUCAAUCUUGUCAAGUUCGGUCCGAUCGAGAACGUGCGCAUCUUGCCCGAAAAGAACUGCGCCUUCAUCUCCUUCCUCGAUGGCGCCACAGCCACUGCCUUCCACGCCGAUGCCUGUGUCAAGAAGGUUUCGCUACACAAUCAGGAACUCAAGAUCGGUUGGGGCAAGCCGUCACAAUGCCACCCUGCUGUCUUGAUGGCAGUCCAGCAGAACCAGGCUUCUCGCAACGUCUACGUCGGUCAGCUCGACGAGUCUGCUUCCGAGCAAUCGCUUCGAGACGAUCUCUCACGCUUCGGUCCCAUUGACCAGGUCAAGAUUGUUCGCGACAAGAACAUUGGCUUCAUCCACUUGCUCUCGAUCCAGACCGCCAUGAAGGUCGUUGCUACUCUGCCGACCGAACCAGCGUGGUCCAAUAAGCGUGUCAGCUACGGUAAGGAUCGAUGUGCAUAUGUGCCCAAAAGCCAACAGCAGAACCAGGCACACAAUAACCAGGCCGCUGCUAUGGGUCUGGCGGCAGCAGCCUCUCUUGGAUACCCAACUGCUGCCUUUGCUGGUGCCAACGCUGCGCCUGACAAUGGCCGGUCUCCUGCCAGUUCUGUCUUUGGCCCCGCUGCUGCUAUGAUGGGUGCCAACGCCACCGCAUUGGAGCAGCUCGGCAAUCGCACCAUCUACCUUGGCAACAUCCACCCCGACACUACCACAGCCGAGAUCUGCAACCACAUUCGCGGCGGUAUCUUGCAAAACAUUCGCUUCAUCCCUGAAAAGCACAUUGCUUUUGUCACAUUCGUCGAUCCUAAUGCAGCACUGGCCUUCUUCCACCUGGCAUCCUACUCGGGCAUCAUGAUUCACAACCGUCGACUCAAGAUCGGAUGGGGAAAACACUCUGGUCCUCUCAGUCCGGCGAUCCAGUUUGCAGUGCAUGCCGGUGGAUCGCGUAAUGUCUACAUUGGCAACAUUGACCAUCCCGACUUGUUGACCGAGGACAAGAUCCGCAAUGACUUUUCGCAAUAUGGCGAGAUCGAAACAGUCAACAGCUUGAGGGAGAAGAACUGUGCAUUUGCCAACUUUACCAACAUUCAGUCGGCGAUCAAGUGCAUCGAAGGGAUCAAGAGCCAUCCUGACUAUCAGAAUGUCAAGGUCUCGUACGGCAAGGAUCGAUGCGGUAACCCACCACGCAGCUUGAACAGCAACCAGAAUGCUAAUAACCAGGGCGAAGGUGGAAGGAAAGCGAGCGGAUCCAUCUCGCCGAACCCAUCCAUCUUGCAAGGCCAGGGGGACGAGACAAUGGUGACGGCGAGCGAGUCAGUUCAGGAUCUUGCUUGCCUCCCAGGCGACACAAGCUCAGCUGCUGCACCAACAACGACGGUCAAGGAGGAUGAGUGGACAGAGUAG